UCAUUUUGACUUGCAAAAAUGAUUGAAAAGGAAGACUGAGCAAGACAUUUGUUUGUUUUCUGAACACGUCUUUCCUGAAAGUUUUCCUAGUGAUUUUGCAUACCAUGAAAAGGCUUCUGCUAAGCAUGCAAAUUUAGACUGGAGGCUGGAGCCAAUCUCACUUGAGGAAGAGCAAGAGCUUCCACUGAUCACCUCUGUUGCGGAUGUCGGAUUGGAAGUCUUGAAGUAAUUGUGGAUCUUUAUUUUUGUGAAGUCUAAGGCUCCGUUGUCAUUCCUGGCUGUAAACCCAUCAGACAUCAUCAUUAUCAGACAGCACUUCCAAUAUCAAGCUGGACAAAAUUCUUUAUCUUAGUAAACUGUGCAUUUUGUAUCUGAAACUACUUGCAAGUCUAAAAAAGAAAUCUGGACAACUGAUUCUGUUUACCACUGGAAUAAAAAAUGAAUUCUGUUAAUGUUCCUAUAACUUUUUUUAAGCAGAUUUGACAUAACCCCGAAUGCAUGCUUUUACCAGUGACUUUUUAGAAGUGUGCCACCCGUGUAUGACCCCCUCCACUUUUGACACUGAUGUAUGUCCUGUGUGCUCUGGUGGUGCUGUCCUUACAAAGCCUGUUCAAGGGGCGUGGCAAAGAGGCUGUGCCAGGAAGCUCUGGUCAAGAGUCGCCCAAAAAGGGUUCAGGACCCCCUAAAGAUGACAGUGGCCGUCACAAUGCUUAUCAACCCAAGGGGGGCUGCAACAAUAACUGCAGAGCUCAGGAGGAGUGUAGGACCACCACCAGCAGCCAGAGCGCCCCAAACGAGCUCUGCAGACGUGAGCAGCCAGCCCAGAAGCAGCAUACCGUUUUCAAACCGGUGGUCAUGCUCGGCACAGGCAAGACCUGGGACCUUGGCCACGCCCCCAGCCUGCAGGAGCUCUGGAAGAAGGACUGCUCAUUGGACAAAAGCGCUGUGGAUUUCCUGAUGGGUGACGGAGAGGAGGAGGAGGACAGCAGCACCUACAUCCCCCUGCAGCCCUCUCUGUUCCAGGGCAGAACGAUGACCAUGGAUCACCAAGAGCCCAACAACGAGCAGGACCAGCAGCUCGUCAUACAGGCCCUGCAGGAGAAGGUGUGUCAUUUCCAGGCUCGGCUCCGCAGCGAGGAGGCCAGUCGCAAGCUGCAGGUCCAGCUGAUGCGGAAAGCCCACGAGCAGAACGUCCACGAGAAGCUGGCCCUCAUCAAGAGCCUGCAGGAGGUGGUGCGCGAGCAGGAGAGCCAACUCCGCGAGGGGAAUGGCACUGCGGCGAGGAGGUCCAGCUUGGGCUCCCGACCUGCUCCCUCAGUCCAGCGGCUGGUGGAGUCUCUGACCUCAACCCAGGAGGAGAAGAACCGGCUGCAGGAGGACCUGCUGUCUACCCAGGAGAGGCUGUGCAGCCGGGAGAUUGAGCAGCAGGCCCUGAUCAGCAGACUGCGCGACCAGGUUGAAGACCUGAAGGAGAAGCUGUUGGACCAGGCAGGGGAGGUGAAUCGACUCCGCUCGGAGCUGGGAGCAACAGACUUGGAGAAGCAUUUAGAAAUCCUGGAAUCGGAAAAGGAACAGCUGAAACAGGAGCUGAGCGUCUGCCAGUCCGCUCUGCAGGAGGUCCAGGGAACUCGCUCAGGCUGUGUAGACUGCCAGCACAACCAGGACCUGCGCGCUGGCCUGGCCCGGCUGGAGGCGGAGGUCAGGCAGAAAGACCGCAGGCUGGCGGAGCUGCAGCAGGGCCUGGAGAGGAAGGCCAGCCAGGUCUCUGAGCUCAACAGGCAGCUAGAGGACUCCCGACAGCAGAGGGAAGACCUGGAAGAUAGGCUGAGGGACUGCCAGCAAGCCCUGGCCAAGCAGGCCACCCAGGUCCCACAGGUCAAGUAUGUCACUAAGACGGUGGAGGUAGAGUCGAACCAGUCCAAGCAGGCUCUGUCAGAGGCUCUGUCUCGGAACCAGUACCUGCAGGAGCAGGUAGGAUUGCAGAGGCAGCUCCUGAGAGAGCUGGAACAGCAGCUACAUGACUCGCAGAACACCGCGACGCAGCUCCGUAAACAGCAAUGCGCUGACAGGAGCCGUCUUUGUCGGCUGCUCUCUAGAGCGGUGGGGAGUCACAGUGGCACGUUGGUUCGUAGGUUGUCAAAGAUCAUGCUGUACGAGAGCGAGAUUGAGCGGGCUCAAGGUGAGCUGGUGGACGAGCUGCAGUGCUUAGAGGAAGAGAAGAACCGCGUCAUUGAGGAGGCCUUUGUGCGAGCCGAGAGUGAGAUGAAGGCAGUCCACGAGAACCUGGCUGGGGUGAGGAUGAACCUCCUGACUUUGCAGCCUGCCCUACGGACUCUCACCGGCGAUUAUAACUGCCUGAAGAGACAGGUGCAGGACUUCCCCUUCCUCCUGGAGAAUGCCAUCAGCAAAGCCAAGCAGGAGAUCUGCCAGGUAAUCGGGGAGGUCAGCGCCACCAACCAGGACCUCCUGUCCAAAUACAAGCGGGAGAUGAUGCUGAGGAAGAAGUGUCACAACGAGCUGGUGAAGCUGAAAGGAAACAUCCGUGUGUUCUGUAGAGUCCGUCCUUCAUCCAAGGAGGAUGGUGAUGGGCCUGAGUCCAAGAACGUGGUAACCUUUGACCCUGAAGACGAUGCUGUAAUGAGCAUAUGGCACAAGGGGAAGCCAAUAGCGUUUGAGCUGGAUAAAGUCUUCCCUCCUCAAGCGACACAGGGAGACGUUUUCCAAGAAGUCCAGUCCUUAAUCACGUCCUGCAUUGAUGGCUACAAUGUUUGUAUAUUUGCCUAUGGACAGACGGGCUCAGGGAAGACCUACACCAUGGAGGGCGUCCCGCAGGAUCCAGGGAUUAACCAGCGGGCGCUGCAGCUGCUGUUCUCGGAGGUGGAGGAGAAGGUGUCGGACUGGGAGUUCACCAUCACUGUCAGCAUGGUGGAGAUCUACAACGAGACACUGAGGAAUUUGCUGGGAGACAACCCCAAUGAAAAGCUGGAUAUUAAAAUGUGUCCAGAUGGCAGCGGACAGCUCUAUGUUCCCGGACUCACAGAGUUCAAGGUUGAAAGUGUGGAUGAUAUCAACAGGGUGUUUGAGCUGGGUCACAUGAACCGGGCCACGGCCUGCACCAACCUGAACGAUCACAGCUCCCGCUCCCACGGGCUGCUCAUCGUCACGGUCAGUGGGAUCAACUGCACCACCGGUGGCCGCAGCACGGGCAAGCUGAACCUUGUGGACCUGGCAGGUUCGGAGCGCAUUGCUAAGUCCGGCGCGGAGGGCAGCCGGCUCAGGGAGGCACAGUGCAUCAACAAGUCUCUGGCAGCGCUGGCAGACGUCAUCCACGCCCUGCGCUCCAAACACGGGCACAUCCCCUUCCGCAACUCCAAACUGACAUACCUGCUGCAGGACUCGCUGAGCGGAGACAGCAAGACACUCAUGAUGGUCCAGGUCUCUCCAGCCGAUAAGAAUGUGAGCGAGUCGGUUUGCUCCCUGAAAUUCGCCCAGAGGGUUCGCUCAGUGGAGCUGGGGCUGGCCACACGCAAAGCAGAAUACCAGUCCUCUACCUCCUCCUCUCCCACCCCCACUCAGGAAAACCUGGAGGUGGAUUCUCCAUCAGCAACCCCAAUGCCCACUGUGUCGACACGCGGGUCUGUUACUGCCUCUGGACGGACAGGGGGCAGCACCAGGAGGAAAGUCCCCCCCUACGUGACGAGUAACAUUUAGAGAAAGCACCACCAGGUCCUACCUGGAAGGAAGAGUAAAACUUACGGCGUGACGUGGAAUGGGACCUGCAGUCCUGGAACGUGUUUAUUUUUUGGUCCCUGGAUCUUCUGCCUAGAACUGUGUAUCCACUGGACUGUGCACUGAUCAGCUGAAGUAGAGGACUCGAUGUGUGCAAUUUCAGCAUGGCUGUCUCCUCAUUGCAGACUCCUGCCGGAACAGGUUCUUCUGGAGGUGGCACAGAACUGAGACCUCCUGGCUUCUAUCUUCAGCCUUUGCCAAUAAGUUGAACUGCUGCCUUUUUUAUCUGAGGUUUUUGACAUUUGGAAGCUUGGAAAGGGGCAAGGG